GCUUUCCAGCAGCCUUCGGCGCGAAAGCUGGGCAGCAGCGUUCAACAAGGGGUCCAUGAUCGGACACCACAUGGAUCUGUCCUGCUGCCGAACAGAGGCGGGCGGUCGCGCGCCGAUCAGGGGCGGGCAGUGACGCGACGGUUAUCGCGGCGUCCCAGCGCCGUGGCACCGCGGUGUCGGCGCGUGCCGCUGCGUAACGCUGCGAGAGAAAGAGAGAAAGAGAGAGAGAGAGAGAGAGGAAAGAAGAAAGGGGGAGAGGAGAGGAGAGGGCCACACGUCAGGCAGUCAGCUCUUUCAGCCGGUCCAAAAGCUGCUUGUUGGUUGCGAUGCGAAAGCUUGCCAGGCUGGCGCGGUGCCUGGAGCGCACGAAGGAGGAGGAGGUAGAGGAGGAGGAUAAGAAGGAUGAAUUCCAGGACGAGUAGGAGCACGAGGUGCGGGAGGGGAGGAGACCGCACCUGUAGCUCACGAAAUGGAAGUCGACUAUGCGCCCGGCUGUGAACGCAAGCUUGGGCAGCGUCAGCCGGAGCGACAUCACACUGUACAGAUCGAUUGCCAACGUGGCCAGCUUCACGCUACCCCUUUGAGACCUGGAAGAAGGUGGCAGUGCCCCCUGCCGAAGAAGCGGCCGAUGGUCGCGGCGUCCUUGGGGCCCUUCAGGGGCACUGGUACGGCCAGAUUGACGGCGCCCGCGGGCGGGUGGACGAUCAGCUUCAGGCAGUCCACCAGGCAGUCGCCGGCGCACAUCUCCUCGAAGACGGGGUCCACCACCACGCUGAGCGAGACAAAUGCGGCCUUCCCACAAACAAGGGCGACCAGCAAGUACGCUUGACCGUCCUG